UAUAGGGUUCAAUUUGUUCUCACAUUUGUGUCAUGACAUUGACAGUGACAAAUUAACCCCAUAAAAUUCCUGAAAUUCAUCCAUAUAUUUGAAGUGAAAAGUAGAACUUUUCUUUGUUAUUUAUAGAAUUAAUUUAUAUUGAGCAACCCAACAUGAAGAAUUGCAAGUUUUCACUGCUUGUUUUCUGCAUUUCAUUCUUUUGCUUCUUAUUAGUGUCCAACCAAGCCUGCAGAUGGCAUAACCAUACAAAACAGAAGUACUCUCACAAGCAAUCCCACAUUUCACCACCUCCUUGCUCUCCGCCUGUUCCCACUACUCCUCCCGAAGAGCUGCCUACCAAGCCGUAUCAUUCCUCCGGUAUUUUUGAUGUAAGAUCAUUUGGUGCUGUUGGAGAUGGCCAAACUGAUGACACCACGGCGUUUAAGAUGGCAUGGGACACAGCCUGCCAAAGUGAUGAAUCUGCUGCAAGGAUUCUUGUUCCCCAAGGUUUCUCAUUCAUGAUACAGUCUACAAUAUUCACUGGUCCCUGCCUUGGGGGCCUGGUGUUACAGGUUGAUGGAACUCUAGUGCCACCUGAUGGACCAGGAUCCUGGCCAAAGCACAUCAGCAGGCACCAAUGGCUGGUCUUUUACCGAAUCAACGAGAUGUCGCUGCAAGGCGUUGGUGUAAUUGACGGGAAAGGAGAGAAAUGGUGGAAUCUUCCCUGCAAACCCCAUAGGGGCAUAAAUGGAACCACAUUGCCAGGACCAUGUGAUAGCCCAAUUGCUAUUAGGUUCUUUAUGAGCUCCAAUUUGACAGUUCAAGGACUUAGAAUUAAGAAUAGCCCCCAAUUCCACUUCAGAUUUGAUAGUUGCAGGAAUGUGCAUAUAGAAUCCAUUUCUAUAUCAUCACCUGCUAAAAGUCCGAAUACAGAUGGGAUUCAUAUAGAGAAAACACAUGAUGUCCAAAUUUAUAACUCAGUCAUUUCUAACGGUGAUGAUUGUGUAUCGAUUGGAUCAGGCUGUUAUGAUGUAAACAUAAGGAACCUUACUUGUGGACCUGGUCAUGGAAUCAGCAUUGGGAGUCUCGGAAAUCACAACUCACGAGCAUGCGUCUCUAACAUUACUGUUAGGGACUCGAUAAUGAAAGGGACGGAUAAUGGAGUUAGGAUCAAGACAUGGCAGGGCGGGUCUGGAUCGGUGUCUGGAGUAACAUUUAAUAACAUUCACAUGGAUAAUGUUAGGAACCCUAUUAUGAUUGACCAAUACUACUGCCUUACCAAACGGUGCACCAACCAAACUUCAGCAGUGCUUGUAUCGGACAUACUCUAUUCGAACAUAAAGGGGACUUAUGACGUUCGGAGUUCACCAAUGCAUUUUGCCUGUAGUGAUGCUCUCCCAUGCACUAACUUGACACUCUCAGAAGUUGAGCUCCUUCCUGCAGUAGGAUAUAAGGUAUCUGAUCCGUAUUGUUGGAAUGCUUAUGGAGAGCUGCAGACACCAACAAUUCCACCAGUCUCUUGCUUGUUGGAUGGUGUUCCUCGAUCCCUACUGGGCCAUGAAAUUGAGCGUUGCUGAUUAACUGGUCUCAUUUGUAAAGUAAUCCACGUCUGUACAAAAUUAGUUGAGGGAUUAUGAAUCCGUCCAUCCGGUAAACCUCCUUAUGUGAGUAUAGAGGACGACUGUUGUUUUAUGUGCUCCCUACAUAUAUACAUAAAUAUGAAGUAUGUUCUGUUUUUUC